AUUGUUCAUUUAAGACAACUUUAUCCGAAUAUUAUACUAUAUUCCAUUAGGAUAUUAUAUUAUAUAACUUGGAUUAAAGUCCAACUUGUUGGAUUGGCAAUUCAGCUUUUGGCAGCACGCCCAACAAAGGUGUUGGCAGCUACUAUGCUUUUGGUAAAUAAGAAAUAUCAAGAACAGGAGAGGAAGCAUAUUAUGAAGGUGAAGAUAUAUAGUGGAGGUUUCAAAGAGAGAGAUACCAUAAGUUUAAGUGACAUAUCUCUGUGAUGAAGGAACUCGCUGUCUGCUGAUAUAUUGUGACGAGGAAUUCUGCUGCCAUCGACCAUACAAAUAUUUGUUGAUUUCCAGCAAAAAUAUACAGGAUUUAUAUUGGAACGAUGAACAACUUACAGGAGAUGAGUGCUCCAGUUAAAGUUGAGGAUUUAGUUGAAGAGUUGCUAAUUGACACUAAGGACUUGGAGCCUGAACCUGGCUUUUUUCAGUGUAGCAUUUACAGGGUUCCCAAAAAGAUUCGUUCUACAAAUGAAAAAUUCUACACUCCUCAGUUAAUUUCAAUAGGUCCUUUCCACCAUGGUGACACAAAAUUAGCUGACAUGGAAGAGAAAAAAAAGAGGUAUAUGAAACAAUUUCUCCAAAGAAUAACAAGUGAGAAACGAGAUAAAAUCUUAACCUUCAUCAAAGACAACGAACAAAAAAUUCGUAAUUGUUAUGCGGAGAUAUUUCCCCUUGAAAGUCAUAAGUUUGUAAUGAUGAUUAUGUAUGACGCUAUAUUCAUCAUAGAACUUUUUGUAAAGAAUAAAUCCCGUCGUGAUAGAGCAAGUGAUGCAUUGCUAGCUACAGCAGCAGGGAGACAUACUUUAUGCAAAGACUUGGAAUUACUUGAAAAUCAACUUCCAUUCUUCGUUCUCGAUGAAAUAUAUAUGUUAGUUAAUUUUAAUAGCCCUCAGGUACCAACUUUCAUGGAGCUUUCUUGUUUGUUCUUCGGCUUUUUUAAAAACUUGAAAUUGACUAGGUUACCCAGCAAGGUAGAAAUCAAACAUUUCUGCACUUGGAGAAGAAUUACUCUACUGAAAGGCUACCCAAAUUCUGUACUAGAAUCGAAGGGAUGGAUUAAAGAUUUACCUUCUGCCGUGAAGUUGCAUGAGUCAGGAGUGCAUUUUGAGCGUGUUGAUAGAGAAUGCUUACUUGACAUCAAAUUUGCAUCCAUAAAGCGGCUAAUUCCAUUCUUUAAAAAAUAUGAGGUGCAAAUACCACGUUUGGAAUUAUAUGAGAACACCGAAUGCCAACUGAGAAAUAUUAUAGCUUUGGAGCAGUGUCGUUACACGUGGGAUUCUCCAGUUUGCAAUUACAUUAAAAUAAUGGAUUCUCUUAUCAAUACUGAGAAAGACGUUGAUUUGCUUGUUGCAAAGGGAAUUAUUUCAAAUCAAUUGGGGAACAACGCUUCAGUAAUACGUAUGUUCAACAAACUGAACGAAAACAUCCAUUUAAGUUUAUCCUCUUCCUAUAAAUGUUGCGAGGAUUUGAAAGCCCACUAUAACAGUCGCUGGAACAAAAGGAAGGCAACUUUGAGAAGUGUUUAUUUCAGCAAUCCAUGGAGAAGUGCAGGAACUGUUGCGGCAAUUAUACUCCUGUUGCUCACUGUCAUACAAACCAUAUGUUCUAUCAUGCAGGUUGUCUGAUUUUGAUUAAAACUUGUAUUAGUUUUUAGUUUGAAGCUUGUUAUAUUAAUAUUAUAUAUGUUUGCAAUAUACUUCUUACUGGCCGUGUGUAAUGUAUCUUCAGUGAUAUCUAAUAUUUGUGUUUUUCUCAAAAUUUCAUGAGAAAAUUAUCGAGCGAGUCUAAUCGGUUUGACAUUAAGAUAAAUUAAAAUCACCUCUGUUCCUCAACGCUACGGAUGCAAGCUGCAGCAACUCUGUUCUCCAGCAAAGCUGCAGCAACAGCAACAGCUACUCCAGCAAGCUGCAGCUGCUCUGUUCUCCAGCAAAGCUGCAGCUACUCUGUUUUCUCUAGUUCAUAUUCAAAGUAUUUGAAAGACUGUUCAACGGCAUAAACUACACAUUCCAUUAAGUGGCGUUAACUCUCAUUAGUGGGACGGUGCUCUUUUUCUUUAUACUGUGGAAGUAAAAAAAAAAUUCAACGAUUUUCAGAUCAAGGUACAAGGUCUCAGCUCUUUCUGCUACUGUUCUUGCUUGAAAAAACACUGAUUCUACCGUCUGGAAAUUGUUAAUUUGUGUUUGUUGGGUAAAUGUUGAAUGGCCAAGGAUUUUACUGUGAUAAAUCACAUGGAUUGCCACCUCAGAUCUUUUUGUAACUAUAUAAACAUUUUGUAAAAACCAGUUUCCGCAGUCAAUGAAAAAGAGAAGUUCAGUUCUCUCUCACUCAAAUUUUUCUGUUUGUUUUCUCUGGAAAGUUGUACACUUUCUGGUUUUUUUUCAUUCGGUCCUAGGAUUUCAACACAUGGUUGACUAAUCACCUAUACGCGUAGGAAAAAUUAUUUCAGAUUACAACGAUGCCUUGUCUUGGGGAAUAUAACAUUAGCCGAGGAACACUGUAACAAACUAACAAUCCUUGGAACAAAACGAUGGCGAUUUUAAGAAGAGUUUAUUUCAGCAAUCUGUGGUGAGGCACCGAAACUCUUGCAGCAGUUGUACGUACUCCUUCUGCUUACUAUCAUACAAACCAUAUGUUCUAUUUUACAAGUUGUGUGAUUUAUUGAUACUUGUAUUAGACCUGUACUAGUCUACUUUUGUAGUGUAAUUUUGCUUCUGAAUCUUCUAUU